CUAGUAGUAAUGGACGCUCAAUUCUUCGCCUUCCUUCAGUUUCAGGGAAUAUGCGAAUAAACACUUCAGCUAUACCUAACUAUAAUCAAAUAUCAAGGGGAUCAAAUUCACCAACGACUGGAAGAUUAAAUUCUCUUAGCGGUCGUGGUUCAAAUAAUCCUACAUUUCUCAGAAGGCCACGCAGAAAUUCUGAUGCAAGUAGUAUCGAUAUUAAGAGAA